UGGACAACCAUCCUUCCACCGGAGUGUGCGCGCGUGUAUUUUUGUGUGUGCGUGCGUGUGUUUGGGGAGGCGUUUUAGGUUUUUCUUUUCCUCCUCUCUUAGCUCUUUCUCAAGGUAGGAGAGACACAUUCCGCUUGUCUUUUUGUAUCUUUUGAAGAGAAACGAAGAAAAGAAGAGGAGGAGGGGGGGAAACAGGACGAAGGGAAAAAAAAAAAAGCGACGUCGCGAUUACGCGUCAACGUCCAACUUUCGCCCGAAUCUGCGUGACGCGCGACUUGGCCGCGAACAGCCCACUUCCACACAAGCCGGUUCCGAUGCGUUCCCCCCGCUCUCCCCCCGCCCCAAUAAUAAUAAUCAGCUACUAGUAUCAACUACUAAGUUUUCUAAUCGAGCACCGAUUCACGGCACGCGACGAGGAGAAAGUUCCCCGCUUGAGGGCGAGAGCAGACUUUUUUGUGUGCACGACAGGACGCCAAGUUUGCCAACGUGCCAAAGGAGUUCGCGGGUUCUGUCAGAUGCGACAUGCAGCCAUGUCCAAGGAGGCAGAUGUGAGAGGCAGCAGUGAGCGCCACACAGCCCCACAGGAGCCCACCACCACGACCACGACCACGACCACCGGCACCGGCAGUGACCCGUCGACGCCCAGCACGUCGCCGCCUCUUCCUCAGCCAGCAGCCAAGGCUGAGUACGGAGCCGCCGGCCCGGAGAGCGAGCCCUCCGGUAGUAGCAGCGGUGAGGGGGCAGCCGGGGGAGCGGGCGAGAGCUCCAUGCAGUUCAGCACCAGACCGCCCAGCGCCGAGCAGCCGGGCUUCAUGGGGACAUGGCAGCAGCAGAGCACUGACGGCAACCUCCUCUACAGAAUGUCCCAGCAGGGUGCUGUAACGCGGCUUCCUAUCAAGUGCGACAGGUCGACUAUGGGCCGAGACCUGGACGAGGCCAUUCGCUGCACGCUGGUCAACUGCACGUGUGAAUGCUUCCAGCCGGGCAAGAUUCACCUGCGCACGUGUGACCAGUGCAAACAUGGCUGGGUGGCUCACGCCCUAGACAAGCUGAGCACACAGCACCUGUACCACCCGACGCAGGUGGAGAUCGUGCAGUCCAACGUGGUCUUCGACAUCAGCAGCCUGAUGCUGUACGGCACGCAGGCGGUGCCGGUGCGGCUCAAGAUUCUACUGGACCGCCUCUUCUCCGUGCUCAAGCAGGAGGAGGUGCUGCACAUCCUGCACGGGCUGGGCUGGACCCUGCGGGACUACGUGCGGGGCUACAUACUGCAGGAUGCUGCGGGCAAGGUGCUGGACCGUUGGACCAUCAUGUCCAGAGAAGAGGAGAUCAUCACCCUGCAGCAGUUCUUGCGCUUCGGCGAGACCAAAUCCAUUGUGGAGCUGAUGGCCAUUCAGGAGAAGGAGGGUCAGGCUGUCACCGUUCCUUCGGCCAAGACCGACUCCGGGAUUAGGACAUUCAUUGAGAGCAACAACAGGACACGCAGCCCGGGACUGCUUACGCAUUUAGAAAAUAGCAGCCCAUCUAGCAUUCACCACUUUGAGAAUAUCCCCAACAGCUUAGCCUUCCUUCUCCCGUUCCAAUACAUCAACCCCGUGUCCGCUCCCAUGCUCGGCUUGCCCCCCAACGGACUGCCGAUGGAACAAGCGGCUCUCCGGCUUCGGGAGCCCAGCCUGCCCAACCAAGUGGAACAGGUGGAGACUAGCGAGUCAGACGUGUCCCUGUCGCCCUUUCGUACCGGCCAGAGUCCGAGCCGCGGAGCACUCGGCGCCAUGAACAACAACACUGAACCCAAAGUAGAGCCUAGUAACAGGGCGUCCCCCAUCUCGCCAUCUCCGUCCCUCCAGCAGGCUCAGCAGCAGCAAACCCAGCAGCAACAGCAGCAGGGCCAACAGCCGUCCCAAAACCAGUCUCAGCAGCCCAACACACUGAGCGACCACCAGGUUCACCACCACUUUGUCAAGGAAGAGCAGUCCAAGUCAAUAACUCACACUUCAUUUUCCUCCAAAAUGCACCGCAUGCGCCGCAUGGGCUCCACCUCCCGCAAAGGCCGCGUGUGCUGCAAUUCUUGCGGCAAGACCUUCUAUGACAAAGGCACGCUUAAGAUACACUACAACGCAGUGCACUUGAAGAUUAAGCACCGCUGUACCAUCGAGGGUUGCAACAUGGUCUUCAGCUCCCUACGCAGCCGCAACCGUCACAGCGCCAACCCCAAUCCCCGGCUGCACAUGCCCAUGCUGCGCAACAACCGUGACAAGGACCUCAUCCGUGCCAACUCCAACUCUGGUACACCCGUCAUCUCAAGUACCAAAAAUGGUGGCUUCGCACUUACCAGUCCUGGCAGGCCACCACUGGGCUUCACCACUCCGCCAGUAGACCCUAUGCUUCAGUCCCCGCUGCAAAGCCCUCUGGUGUUCCCCUCUUUAAAGUCAGUGCAGCCGGUGCAACCUGUGCCUCCAUUCUAUCGUACGUUACUCUCCCCGGCAGAUCUAGUUAGUCCACCUGUUUCACUGCCCACAAGCCCCAUUUUACCCACCACCACCAACAGCACCACACUGAUGGACCAGCAACAGCAGAUGCUGGCUGCGGCUGUGGCUUCGCACAACAAUAUUCACAUGUCCGAGUUGGGAGCCAUGUCGCACAGCAUGAACGCGCCUGGCGGCAAUCAGGAGGCCACAACGGGCCCUGCUGACCCCACGCCCAAGAAAAAGCCUCGUAAAUCCAGCAUGCCUGUAAAGAUCGAGAAGGAGGUGAUUGACGUCGCGGAUGACUACGAGGACAAAGACGAGGAUGACGACGAUCAUAUCAACCACAAUCACCACCAUCACCACUCGUCGCUUCUUCACAACACGCACAUCAAAAUGAACGGAAACUACAAUAGCAACAACAACAGCGGGACAGGAAACCACAGCGGUGGCAGCGGGCCGCAAUCCCCUUCCCAAGACGAGAUGAGUCCCGGCAUAACCCUGCGCGGCAUGAUGAGACAAAGUGAAGACGAAUGCCGGGAGGGAGGCGGCAGUGACAGCAGGGGUGAGCUCCGAGGCUCAAGCGACCUCCGCUGUAUGGACAGCUACACAUCUGAGGACCAAGACCACGAAAGAGACUUUGAGAACGAGUCGGAGAAUUCAGACUCCAAAAUGUACUACCGGGACGACAUGAUGGAUGUGGAGGAACAGCAGAAACACUCCAAAAGUGGCAAAGACCACAACGAUGAUGGCCGCGAAGAGGGCCAUUUGAGGAAAGAAAUGGAAGGCAAGAGACAACUGUCGCCACCCCUCCACCAGGGAUCAAUCAAGAUCAAGGAAGAGCUCAACGACCCCACUUACGAUAUGUUUUGCAUGAGCCAAUACGGCCUCUACAACGGAGGGAUGGCGGCGGCGGCGGCGGCUGCCGCCAGCAUGGCCGCCCUGCACGAGAGUUUCAUCUCCUCGAUGGGCUACGGCGCCAGUCCGCCCAAGUUCCCCACUUCCCAGUCACCGGACGGAGACCCGUGCUCGAGUCCGGACCCUAAGAUCUGCUACGUCUGCAAAAAGAGCUUCAAAAGCUCCUACAGCAUGAAACUGCACUACAAGAACGUACACCUCAAAGAGAUGCACGUGUGCACUGUGGCUGGCUGCAACGCCGCGUUCCCUUCCCGGCGGAGUCGAGACAGGCACAGCUCCAACAUUAACCUGCAUCGCAAACUGCUGACCAAAGAGCUGGACGACAUCGUCCUGGACCCCCAACUCACGCCACUGCCCAAGGACUUCCGAGCAGAGUUAUUGGCCAAGAUCUACGCCGGGCACCACCACCACCACCACCACCACAUGGCUUUGGAGCAGAUGGGCGGGAUGGCUUUCCGAGGAUUCGGGGCUGCCGCCGCCUUGAUGCACGGCGCACAUUCCCCCACGGGCAACGAGUAUCCCCAGCACCCCCUCCACCACGACCUGAAGAACAACCACCACCACCACCACCACCACCGCAGCUUCUCUCGGGGCCGGCCGGACGACUACGUGGUCCUGGACCUCAGCACUGCCUCCAGCGUCCAGUCCAGCGGCAGCAUCCACUCCUCGCACGAGUCUGACGAGGGCAGCGACGAAGGCAUCCUAUUGGACGACCUGGAGGAGGAUGACGAAUACGGCGGGGAGGGUAUGGAGGAUGACGGGGAGGCCAACAGCGAAGGGGAGGACUGCGAGGGGGGCCGCGGGGACGAAAGCCGGGAAAAGCGAGGACGAGGCGCUCGCUCGGAAUCGCCGUUCCGCCUCUCGGUGGAGAGCGGCGGGGGAGUGGUGUGCAACAUCUGCCGCAAAAUGUACAGCAACAAGGGGACGCUGCGCGUGCACUACAAGACGGUGCACCUGCGCGAGAUGCACAAGUGCAAGGUGCCCGGCUGCAACAUGAUGUUCAGCUCGGUGCGCAGCCGCAACAGACACUCGCAGAACCCCAACCUGCACAAGAACGUGCCCUUCGCCACGCUCAUAGACUGAACCCCCUCGCAGAAACCUCGUCCCUCCUCCAGGACCACCGCCGCCUCUGUCCCGAAACGUUGACUUUUCCUCCUUUCAGAAAGAACAAUGACUCAAGCGAGGACUCCAUGCUUCUUCUUCUUCUUUUUGUUUCGUUUGUUAGGUUUGAUUGACUUCUUCCCCCGUUUUAUCUCCAAAGAAUCUAUCAAACCUCUUAUUUGUGACUUUGCCUGCAGACAAGAUAGUAUUGAGGAAUUAAAAGAAAAAAAUCUUGUUGUAUUUGUGUAAUGAUAGCUUUUAAACACCCCUUAAAACAGAAGGGGGGGGGGGGGAGCAUGACAGCUUCAUUUGUAAAUAAUGUCCCCUGAGAGGCUUUUGGGUGUAAAAGACUUGUAUUGAUGGUCAUUUGUUUCUCCUAUUUUUUUUUUUAGUUUGUAUUUUUUUUUUCUUCUCUCGCUUAUGGUUUUAUGUUACAGUCUAGUACAAUACUUCCAGCUUUAGGCAAGAAAGAGGUAGCAUCUUAACUAUCUUGAGUCAUUUUAUCACUACAGGGGGGGGGAUGAGGGGGGAGGGGGAGGGAGAACAUCAUGUGAAUUACUUUGUUAGAUUACUUUUAGAUAUCCAGAGGCGGCCGGCAUGCUCUUUGAGGCUCCUACACUGAUUUUUCAUUCUGUUCUCGGUUGUUUUUCCCUUUUCUUUUGUUUCCCUUUCAUGUUUAUGAACUUUAUUAGUACACGAUUCAGUUUUUUGCACUUUGCAUCUAUACGAGGGGAUGUGUAAUACUAGUAGAAGUGAGGACUUUUUUUUUUUUGCAAUGGUGAGUGAAGAGAUGUGCUGUUUGACGGUAAACUUUAACAUACUCGCACCAGUUUCCUUUUUGCACAUGGCCAAAUAAAUCUUGAAAAAAAAAGACAAUUCCCCUAUUACGCCGUCACUUAAGCAGGGUACACGUACCUAUAAUUUGAUCAUUUUAUUUCCCAUUAUGAACAAAGUCCUGCGUGAUUUUCCCCUGCAUCAAAAUAUUGUCCUCCCCGAUCGAGGGUCGGUUUAACCUUUCCAAUACGUACGAUUAAAAAUCCUCAUGUGAUCAAUUAUCUCCAAGUUCACCUGAGAAAGUCGGUUAAGGUGUUUCAGAAAAAUACCGUAAUUCCCGCCCUACAGAGCGCACCUGGUUAUUAGCCUCACCCAGUACAUUUGUAAAGGAAAUACCCUUUGGUACAUACAUACAUAGAAGCCGCAAGUAGCCACAUUGAAACCGACAUUGAAACACAAUUGAAGAUAUUUACGAAGAAAGAGUGUACAAAGAGAGUUUAACGGUGGCACCACUGCGCUAACGCUAACAUGCUAACGCUAGCGCAGCGCUAACAGUGCCAGACCAGUACAGUCACUUCCUCGGCACAUAUAUUCCACCAGUCUCACGCUUACCUUUUCCGCUCGAGUGCCGGGUGUUGGAAAAAAAAAUUGCACAAAUUAGCCGCAUCACUGCAUAAACUGCAGGGUUGAAAGCGUGUGAAAAAAGUCACGGCUUAUAGGCCGGAAAUUAUGGUAAUAAUUUUUCAACAAAAAAGUAAAAAGUGUGUGUGCACCCCGCUUCCUCAACAAAAACAAAGGAGGGAUAAUUCAUUGUCAACAAGAACUGUCCUCCCCGUACAACGGAAUCGGAACAAAAUAGUCCUUCCACUGUGACCAAACUAACACAAAAAAGCUCUUUUCAGUAUUAAUGUACUUAAAACCCCCUUCGAGUGAUAUGAUGCACUUGAGUCUUUUAAAAACAAAAAAAUCUUUCUGCUUUGACACCGUCAGCUGCAAAACUGUGGGGAAAAAAAUACAGAAAAAAAAACAAACAAAAAGAAAAAAACAACACACGACUGUCUUAUGGUACAAUUACAUCCAGUGGUCCAAGUAGCCAAGGGAACGGGGUAUUUAUUGGUGGGUAGAGAUGUGUUAAUUAAGUCCAGUAUUUUUGCCUCUUUUUAUUUGGAAAAAAAAAAAAAUGUUCAUUCCUUCUUGUUUUUAACAGUGUCUGAGCAAUGCCGUGUGUUACUACACAACAACUUUUUUGUGUUACUUGACUUGGUGCUACACACAGAAGGAAAAAUUAUGCAGUGUUACGUGGUGAUAUGUGUACAGUAUUUAAAACACCGCCUCCCCAUUUGUUUCAUAGUCAACGCCGUAACUGACGCCCACCAAAAUAUGUAUAAUCGCCUUCGUUAAGAGUUUAAACCAUGAAUAUACCACAAACAAUCAACUACUAAAUGCGAUUUUGAAGUCCUGUUUUACAGAAUUGCCCAUAAAAUUCAAAGAAAAAAAUGCACCUGAAGUGCAUUGGUAUCAGCAAUGCGUGAACUUUUUAAUAGCCACUUAUAAACAAUUGGCAAAGACUUUUUCUUAAUUUCCACUAACAACCCAGGCUAAACAUAUCUCCUCUCAGGCAUACAAAAAUCUUUAAAUCGUCAAAAUGUAUCACUUAAAUAUAUUUUCUUGACACCGAUUACUACUUUGCUCUUAGCAUGGGCUUUGGCAGCAUUGUAAAUUUGUGAAUAAGCGUAAAUUUACAGUGUAAAUUUGUUAUAGAAAGAACAAAUAAAGCGAAAUUGUGAGUUGUUCGGCGAAUAGCUGAAGAUGUGUCUGCAGGGAAUAAAAAUUGAAAUGGAUACAUUUCUGAAUACCAAACCACAAAUAGUCAAAGUCUCAUUGUAGCUACAUUUUUCCGUUUCAACUAGCGCGGUAAAUGUAUCCAAUUAACCCUCAAGGUAAAAUGGUAAAUAAUUUCGUCAUACAUUGUUCGGCGAUUCCCAUGAGGCUAAAGUUCACAAUACGCUCACGACGUAACAAGUCAUCAUCCAAUAAGUAUCGGAUUUCUUUUGGUUUUGGUCGGACAUCUGUUUCCCUUACAUGAGUUUUUUGUUGCCCGACAGGAAGUGGAGCUCAAGAACCAACGCUCUUAGACAAAGCUGCACAUUUUGGUUCCGUUCAGUACGGUACGCGUUGUGAUCCAAUCAUCUAUUUUCUGUACUGAAUGUCCUCAUUUGGGUGUGGGGUGAUUUGGACCCGGCCCACCUUGACGUUUGUGACUUUUCGGCAGUCAAUCGCAGGGGCACACGUCAACAAACAACCAAUCACGACCGAAUUCGGGUCUUCAAUCAACCUAACGUGCAUGUUUUUGAAACGGGAGAGGAAGUCCAGAUUCAAACUCCGAUCUCCAGAAUUAGCAGUGCGAUGUACCGUAGUGGACCGGACUGAACGGCGCUUAGCGUCAACGUGGCUUCCAAUAUGCUCAAACUGUCAGUGACCACGCUGCUGGUCCAAACGAAUCUUUUAGGUUCAAUUCCAUACAGUCGAGUGGAGGACUGUUCCGACACUGUUUUCACGUCACUGAGCGAACGUGUGUGAUAUCAAUGUAGCUCGCGCAGAAUCACGUUAUAACCGCACCGAGUCGGUUUGUAUAGAUGCUUCGUCGUUUUUCUUUUCACACCCGUCUUAAUUUGAACUGGAAACCUGUGAAGUGUCAACGAGUCUUAAGGAAUAAUAAUAAAAAUGUUGUAAAUUCAUAUUGCUGAUGUUUUUGUGCCAAUCAUACUUAAGCGUUUUUAGGUUAGUACACUCGAGGACCUGCGUAUACGUCUUAAAAAGGCCUGAGUCACAGCGACGAUGUAUUGUGCGUGCUUUGCCGGGGCGAUGAUGGUGAGUUAUGAAGCAUCGUCAACGCUGCAAAAGUUACUUCAAAAGGUCUUUCCCAUUUGCCCCCCCCCCCCCCCCCCACAAAAAAAAAAAAAUCCUUUGCUCUUUUUUUUUUGGAGUUUGUUUCUGUAUCAUAACUGUCCAUGUUUCUUUUGUGUUUUUGUUGUUGUUGUUGCAUAAAAUGCAUAAGGGUUUUGGGAUGUAAAUGGAAUUUUAUUCAUAUUUUGUCCAAAUACCUCUUGUAAUUUGUAUCAGAAUUCUUGUACAAUUUUUAUAUUAAAGAUU